AUGAGACGUUGUCGUUACGUGUACUUAGAUCUCGGGUCUAACAAAGGUGUGCAGAUACGAAAACUAUAUGAACCUUGGUUGUACCCUAACGGUAAAAUUUUGCCAUUUUACGACAAGAUAUUUGGUAAAAUCCGCCAUUACUCCAGGCGCGAUGUCUGUACGUUUGGUUUUGAGGCGAAUCCACGACACAUGAAGCGAUUAAAGUACAUCGAAAAGCGUUACAGAAGCUACAAUAUCAACGUCACUUUCUUCAAUAAUGCUGUCAGCAACAUCUCCUCUGAAAGCGUCACCAUUUAUUCGGACACAAAUUUUGAUAUUGACUGGGGUUCAGGUAUUCAAAGCAGCUUGAUUGACAAUAAAGCCAACAUGACUAUGUAUACGGUGCAAACCAUUGAUAUCGUACAGUUCUUUGCCGAAAACAUUGUUCCGUUAAAACCGGACUACGUGUUCGCUAAGAUGGAUAUAGAAGGUUCAGAAUUCAUAGUCCUUCCCCAUAUGCUGAAGGGUGGGCUUCUCUGUGAUCACGCGAUAUCUUCAAUGGUGUUAGAGAUGCAUGACAGCGUCAGAGAGGAAUUUCAUUCAGACCUAUCCUUUGCCACAUUGAAGGAAAGAUUGAAGGACCAAGCUUGUACACCAACUACAAUACACAAUCUAGAUGACGAGACAUACACGAGGGACGUGCCAUUUGAGCCAUGUGAGGAAGAAAGCAAUACAUAUUUUACCUAUUAG